AUGCCUUCAUCUGCCCCGGAUGCAACAAAACAUGUCUCUCCCGCAUCGGUCCCUACAGCAACAGCAGGAGCUGCAACCAUCCAAAGGUGAGGCAGACAGGUGCCAACAACAUUCUCCUUUUGUAUUUCUCUGUUGCGAACCGCCCUGGGAUGUUUGGAUGAAGGGCCGUAUACAGCGGUACCUCGGUUUCGGAAGUCCAUUUGAGUUCCGAAAUGUUUGAAAACUGAAGGCGGAAGCUUCAUUUCCUGUUUGAUUUCCAAGGUGCAUUCGAAACCUGAGGCAUUUACUUCUGGGUUUUCGGUGUCCGAGUUCUGAACGGUCGACUACGGAGGCAUUCGAAAACCGAGGUACCACUGUACAAAUGUAAUAAAUAAUAUUAAUAGUAUUUUUUCUCCUUUCCCUAAUGCUCAUUGGCUAUUCAAAUGAAGGAAAGCUGCUGCAUAUCAACCUAAUCAAGUUGUGGUUCCUUUUUCUGGUUAUUUGGCUAUAGCUUUUGAUAGAAUACAGAUAACUGAACAAACAUUGUUGCAUUACAUUCUUCAUGAAAUUGUCUUUCCCCUGAUAUGUAAUUUUACGGUAUUACUCCAAAAAAAGUAGUGUUACAAGCCAUCAGACCUCAGAAAGACACUUUUCCCAAAAGGUUUCCACAAUUUUGACCACUAGUGUAGACCUGGCCUCGUGCAUCUUACUGGAACGGGGGGAAACUGAGUGCAAACUGCAAAUGGCAGAAAUCCAUUUAUUGGUUAACGUUCCUGUUCCGCCUUUCUUCCACAAGGGAACUUGAGUCUACCUGGGAGCUACAGAUGGUUUCCGUGUGUCUCCAGCCGCUGAAUGGACGCAAAUGUGGGCACCUUCAGACCACUCCUGUGACUUGUAGGGCGUCACAAUCUAUUUCAACGAUAAUUGCAAGAGUGUGUGUGUUUCUGUCUGUUGAUGUGCCCAGCCAGACACGUUACAGGCAUUCCAGUCUGUCAGGUAUUUGUAUUAAUUACGGGCUUAAUAUCCAAGCUAUGGCUGCUAAGAGGUUGCUGGAACUCUGUCAUAAGGCACAGCUUGCCUGUGAUUUCACAAACAGGGCCUCCCUUGCCUGCAAACGGCUAAUCCCAUUGAUACAGACACUUGAUUGUUCUCCAGCACACAUUCCUAUUUUUAAGUCAGCUGCCAGCAAAGCAAACUUUUAA